AUGAGCAGAAAACACCGUCAUUUUAAAGGAGCAGAAGUCAGCUGCUGCGUCAAAUACUUCUUAUUCGGAUUCAACAUCAUAUUCUGGUUACUAGGAGCAGCAUUCUUGGCUAUCGGCCUGUGGGCAUGGGCGGAGAAGGGCGUCCUGUCCAACCUGUCGUCCAUCACAGAUCUGGGAGGCUUCGACCCAGUGUGGCUCUUCAUCGUAGUGGGCGGAGUCAUGUUCAUCCUCGGCUUUGCUGGCUGCAUUGGAGCGCUCCGAGAGAACACUUUCCUGCUCAAGUUUUUUUCAGUCUUUCUGGGCUUGAUAUUCUUCCUGGAGCUGACAGCUGGGAUCCUUGCAUUCGUAUUCAAGGACUGGAUCAAAGACCAGCUCAACUUUUUCAUUAACAAUAACAUCAAGGCCUACAGAGAUGAUAUCGACUUGCAAAACCUCAUUGACUUUGCACAAGAAUAUUGGUCGUGCUGCGGGGCUCAUGGUCCGGACGACUGGAACUUGAACAUCUACUUCAACUGCACGGACAACAAUCCCAGCAGAGAGAAGUGUGGAGUGCCCUUCUCCUGCUGUAUCAAGGACCCUGCUGAGGACGUCAUCAACACACAGUGUGGUUACGAUGUUCGGCUUGAAAGGGAGCUGAAUCGACAGACGUACAUCUUCACAAAGGGCUGUGCGGGGCAAUUUGAAAAGUGGCUUCAGGACAACCUCAUCAUUGUGGCUGGGAUCUUUGUGGGAAUAGCACUUUUACAGAUUUUUGGUAUCUGCCUUGCCCAAAACCUUGUUAGUGAUGUCAAAGCUGUCAAAGCCAACUGGUGA